CCCACUCUCCAGUGGCAGCUAUUGAUUGGGCAGCUUGAAUGUCAGUCACGUUUCUCAACUCCGUGGGUUCCUGGGCCUCUCCGUCCCUCCGUAAAGCGCCCGCUUCCCACUAGCUAGAAGGAUAUGCGCUUGCGCAUUAGAGAUCGCUGUCUGCUCUUCCUAUUGGUUCGUUCCUAGGAGCUAGGGGGAAUACGAACUAUCCAUCCAAUAGGAGCAGGGAUGCCGCAGCAGGGGCUGCUGUCCCUCUGCUGAGGGGAUCUGGCGCAGAGCUGAGGGGGUGUUUGGCUCUUUGACUCCUCCUCUCUCCUUGCGGCCUGAGGUUGGCCCUGGUCUUGCGGCCUGCUGCAGAAUGUGGAUGACGCCCAAAAGGAGCAAGAUGGAAGUCGACGAGGCUGGAGUUUUCCGGCCCGAGUGGACCGAGCGUUACUUGAUGGAGAAGCCUCCGGAGGGCGACGGGGCCCUGUGCUUGGUGUGUCGCCGCCUUAUCGUAGCUACCCGCGAACGCGACGUCAGGCGCCACUACGAGGCUGAGCACGAAUACUACGAGCGGUAUGUGGGGGAGGGGGAGCGCGCGGCCCUGGUGGAACGUCUGCGUCAGGGCGACGUGCCCGUGCCCGCUGUCACUUCUGAGGAGAGAGCUGCUCGUGCAGGCCUCGGCAUCAGCCGCCUCUUGGCCUUGAGGGGUCGCUGCUGGGGUGAGGGGAACUUUGUAUACCAGUGCAUGGAGGCACUGCUAAGAGAGGUGCUGCCUGAGCAUGUAGGUGUCCUGCAAGGCAUUGAUUUAUCUCCAGCGAUCACGAGACGGAGGACCCUGAGCAUUGGCAGAAAUCUACGCAAUCAGCUUUGGACCCGAGCCAGGGACUUUAAAGCCUAUUCUCUUGCCUUGGACGACCAGGCUUUUGUGGCGUAUGAGAACUACCUCCUGGUCUUUAUCCGCGGUGUUACCCCUGAGUUGGAGGUGCAAGAAGAUCUUCUGACCUUGAUCAACCUGACUUACCACUUCAGUGUUGGUGCGCUCAUGUCGGCAAUCCUAGACGCCCUGCAAACAGCAGGGCUUAGCUUGCAGCGAAUGGUUGGACUAACCACGACCCACACUUUGAGGAUGAUUGGUGAGAACUCAGGACUGGUCUCAUACAUGAGAGAAAAGGCUGUAAGCCCCAACUGUUGGAAUGUGAUCCAUUAUUCAGGAUUUCUUCAUUUGGAACUGUUGAGCUCCUACGAUGUAGAUAUUAAUCAGAUCAUAAAUACCAUAUCCGAAUGGUUAGUUUUGAUUAAGACCAGAGGCAUUAGGCGACCCGAAUUUCAGGCUUUAAUAGCUCAGUCUGAAUCAGAGCAUAGCGAAAGGAUUAAUGGACGAUGUCUGAACAAUUGGCUUAGAAGAGGGAGAAUUUUAAAAAGAAUAUUUUCUCUAAGAAAACAUUUAGAAGCGUUCUUGGCUUCAGUAGGGGCAACAACAGUUCAUUUCUCAGACAAGCAGUGGCUUUGUGACUUUGGCUUCUUGGUGGAUAUUAUGGAACACCUUCGAGGGCUCAGCAAGCAAUUGCGAGUUAGUAAAGUCUUUGCUGCUGCUGCCUUUGACCAUAUUUGUACUUUUGAAGUUAAGCUGAAUUCUUUUCAGAGACAUAUUGAGGAAAAAAAUCUAGUAGACUUUCCUGCCCUCGGAGAAAUUGUUGAUGAGCUUAAACAGCAAAAUGAGGAAGAUGAAAAGAUAUUUGAUCCUGAUAGGUAUCAGAUGGUGAUCUGUCGUCUACAAAAAGAAUUUGAGAGACAUUUUAAGGACCUCAGAUUCAUUAAAAAGGACUUAGAACUUUUUGCCAAUCCAUUUAACUUUAAACCUGAACAUGCACCGAUUUCAGUAAGAGUGGAGCUAACAAAACUUCAGGCAGACACUAAUCUUUGGAAUGAAUACAGAGUCAAAGAUUUGGGGCAGUUCUAUGCUGGACUCUCUGCCGAAUCUUACCCAAUUAUCAAAGGGGUUGCGUGUAAGGUGGCAUCCUUGUUUGAUAGCAACCAAAUCUGCGAAAAGGCUUUUUCGUAUUUGACUCGAAACCAACACACUUUGAGCCAGCCAUUGUCAGAUGAGCAUCUUCAAGCCCUGCUUCGGGUUGCCACAACUGAAAUGGAGCCUGGUUGGGAGGAUCUUGUGAGAGAAAGAAAUUAAUCUUAAUCCAUAAGCCUUUGUAGUACAACAUUGAAAAACUCAACAAGAAUUCAGUUGCAAAAGCCAAAAUUGGUUUGAUUUUUCAAGUUUACUAAUUUGGAUUGUGAGAAAGCAAGUUUAUUACCAGCAGUCCAAAUUGAUCAAUUCAGAUCAUUCUGACAGUUGCCUUUUUUUCCAUGUCAAAUGGCAGCAUGGGACUGAAACAUGAGAAUGCCACUUUUAAACUUAGUUUAAAAGAUAAAAGUCAUUAUCUUUUACUUUUAUGAUAUAAUUGAUUUUAAAGAGGUUUUAAUAUUGGUAAUGUGAGUUGAAUUUGCAGUCUGUUUUUAAGGUGUUCUGAAGAUAUAUGCCAAAAAUUUUAGCUCUUAUUUUAACAAAGUGUUAAAAUUCUGAUACAUACAGUCUUAAAUUAUCAACUCAAAUGUGUGUUUGAACCAGUUUGCAGAAACUCACAUAGCAAGUUCAUAAAUUUCUAGAAAGGGAGAACAUAACAUACAGUGAAGGUAUUUUGUCUUAACUAUCAAAAUGUUUGAGACUAUGUUUUUUAAACAUAUUUCCGAGUCUGAGUUAAAUAUUGACAGAUUUCCUCCCUGUCACCACCCUUUCACCCACCCCAAUGGUAGUGAUAUUGCAAAGAGAGGAAGUACUCAAAUAAAAUUUUAGUCACAGAAGGAAGAAUCCUUUUUAAGUUGCUGAUUUAGGAGAUUUUCUGCAAUUUGGGAGAUAAGACUAACCAAUUUUGGGGGGUUUCCCCUGAAUUUUUUUUACAACUAGGAGCUGUUUUAUCAGCUUGCCUAGUAAAGGACUAUGGGUGCCAGACUAUCUGGAAUUAAUGCUGGGUGCUCACUAUCUGGGAUUAAUCCUGGGCUCUCUCUGCAGAUUGUUCAGAGAAAGAACUAGCUAGGCUCUCAUCCUUUUCCUUAAUGGAAUGAUGGCACCUGUGGGGAGAGAGUCAACUGCAGAACGAGAGAGAACACCAUCUAUACAAGACUGCCCUCACUUCUAACACAAGUGGAAGUUCAAACUACACUCAGGUUUAAUAAUUUGCUAAAAAGACUCACAGAACUCACUGAAAGCUGAUAUACUUAUGAUUAUGGUUUAUUAUAGGAAAAGGAUACAGAUUAAAAUCAGUCCAGGAAAGAAGCACAUAGGGCAGAGUUUGGGAAAGUGCCAACAAGGAGAUUCUAAACAAGGAGUACCAAACAUGGAGUCUGGAUGUGUUACUUUCCUGGCAUUAAUGUGGGACCAUAGGCACAGAGUAUUGUCAGCCAGGUAGACUCACCCAAGCCUCAAUGCCCAAAGUUUUUACUGGGUUCCAUUAUGUAGGUAUGAUUGAUUGCCCAGGUGACUGACUUCCAUCCCCAGUCUUCAGCCCCUCUGAGUAUGACCCAAAGCCCCCAACAUAAAUCACACUGUUUGUCUUUCUGGUAUGGUCAUCCCCCAUUCUAAAUCAUAUUGUUAGACUAUUGGGUGUGGCCAAAAGCCCCAAGUAAAAAUAAUCCUAUCAGGCACAGUAUUCCAAGAGCUUAGAAAUUACUUCCCAGAAACCAAAUGGAAAGGCCCGAUCCCUUUUUUGGAUAAGGUUAAAUUAUGUACUACACAGCUCCUAUCCUAUACUCAGUUUCUCAUGGCAUUGGUAGCUUCCCUCACUUAUCAAGGGCUUGUAGAAUACCACAGGAUUUAAGGUCCCCAGGUGCAAGGUAGCUGACUUUCCUAGACAACUCUUAUGAAUAACUGUCAUCUCCAAUCCCAGACUGCCUGCCAUCAGCCUGUUUACUCUGCCGUUGAUGAGGUCCCUUCGUCAUUUGUCCUGUAAGAAAGGAGACCCACAGUGGGGAGGAGUUCCUCUGUUGGAAUAGAAACAAACUAUG